AUGGCUGUAAGCAAUGAGGUUAACAACACUACUUCUGAAACCCCUACCGAUGUUUCAAGCAGCUCGCAAAAGCUUGCCACUGAAGAAACUGCUAUAACUAAUGGUGUUGACCAUGAAGAAGAAGAUGGUGGGGAAGCGGGCGGUGAAGUCUUUCAAUUGACUGUGGUGCUUCCCCGCGAGCCCCAUAAAAUUCAGAUCAUCGUCUCUUCUCAAGAAGCUAUACACGAUGUUCGCCAAUCAAUAAUCGAGCUGCCCGGAACCUUCCAGUACUCAUGUUUUCAUCUCGAGCACAAGGGAGAGAGAAUAAAUGAUUUCGUUCAGAUAUCCGAGGUCCCUGGCCUGACGGCGGACUCAGAAAUACACUUGGUCGAGGACCCGUAUACUGAGAAGGAAGCGAGAAUACAUAUUAUUAGAGUGCGGGAGCUUAUUGGUGCUGCCGGGGAUCGUACCGAUACCUUGAAUGGUAUUAUUUCAGGAGUUUCGCUACUCGAUUCGGUUACAUCAAAGGAAUCUAGUCAAAACGGCACGAGUACAGCUCCGUCACAUCCAAUGGUUGGAUUUGACUUCCAAACCUCCGGCAAUCUCUCGACCCUUCUACCAAGAGCACAAGAGCCAGGGCCAAAAACUGUGAAGUCAAUUUCAGUCUCUCCUUGGAAUCCCCCACCCUAUCAUCUUAGACAGAAGGGACAUCUGCUCUAUUUACAGGUCACUACAAACGAGGGGGAGCAAUUCCAGAUCACAUCUCACGUAUCUGGCUUCUACGUGAACAAAUCCUCAACUGGAAAAUUUGAUCCAUCGCCAAAAUCGGCGCCAAAAGCCCAUUCCGCGCACUCACUUUUAGCACUUCUGAGUGAUUUGUCUCCAUCAUUUGAGGAAUCCUUCAAGAGCCUUCAGGAAUACAACAAUACUAAAGAACCUUUGGCUACAUUCCAAAUCACAAAUGCAACUCCCUCAAACCCUUGGAUUGUACCAUCAGCAACGGCACCCCUUGUUGCACAUCAAGCUGAUAUAACACGCACUCAAGAAAAUUAUUUAAUUGCUGGUAUUGAAAAUAGCGAGACUUUGCGAGAUUGGAAUGAAGAGUUUCAGUCUACUAGAGAACUACCAAAAGACACCGUUCAGGAUCGUGUUUUCCGAGAGCGAUUGACUUCGAAGUUGUUCGCUGAUUACAACGAUGCCGCAGCUCGUGGUGCGAUUCUAGUUGCUAGAGGUGAAAUAGCUCCUCUUAACCCAACAGAAGGUAAAGAUGCCCAAAUUUUCGUCUACAAUAACGUUUUCUUCUCCUUUGGAGCCGACGGCGUGGGCACUUUUGCCUCAGAGGGUGGUGAUGAGGCCGCUAGAGCAGCAGUAGGCAAGGAUGUUAUGGGAGUCCGUAUGGUCAACCAAUUGGAUAUCGACGGCUUGUUUACUCCAGGAACUGUAGUUGUUGACUAUCUUGGAAAGCGUAUUGUUGGACAAAGUAUUGUGCCAGGAAUAUUCAAACAACGUGACCCAGGCGAGAACCAAAUCGAUUAUGGUGCAGUAGAUGGCAAGGACAUUGUCGCAUCGGAUGAGAAGUUUGUGUCUGUUUUCGAGAAGCUUUCCAAGGCCUUGAAAGUCAAAAAGCAUGCAGUUUGGGACAAAGAUGCAAAGCGUCAUGAUCUGGAAGGCAGUAUCGAAACUAAGGGUCUUUUGGGUACUGACGGAAGAAAGUACGUUCUUGAUUUGUACAGAGUAACCCCAUUGGACAUCACUUGGAUGGAGGAAGUUGGUACCGCACUUGACAGCCCCAAGGAGGCCGAUGCGGCGAGUGAAUCCGCAUAUCCACAUCGCAUGACGGUUAUCCGACCUGAAUUGGUCGAAUCUUACUGGAAAGUCAAGAUGCGCGAAUGGGUAAACGGCGAAUUGGAACGUAAGCGCCAGGCUCAGAAAACCGUUGAGCCUACUACCGAAGGAAAGGAAAUCGAAGCUGCAACUGAGACAUCGGAGCCAGCUAAAAGCGAGGAGCCAACCGAGAAUGGAGAAUUGGCCAAGAAGAGCGAAUCGGAUGAGGUUGCAGAACCCAGCAAGCCUGAUCAGGAAAGAAUUGAUAUUGGCGAUUUCAAGUUUGCAUUGAACCCAGAUGCUUUCAGUGGACAGCAGCCACAAACUGAUGAAGAGAAGGCCGAAUUUGCCGAGGACGAACAACAAGUUCGAUUGGUUUGUGAGUUCUUGCGUAAGACAGUGUUACCUGAACUUGUGAAGGAUCUUAAGGAAGGUGAUGUUGGUUUCCCUAUGGAUGGACAGUCUUUGAGCAGACUCCUUCAUAAACGUGGUAUCAAUCUUAGAUACCUCGGCCAAGUUGCUACUCUUGCGGAUGGCAAGAGACUCGAAUCCCUACGCAUUUUGGCGGUUCAAGAGAUGGUGUCGAGAGCAUUCAAGCAUGUUGCUGGCAAUUAUCUCCGCUACCUCCCUAUUCCUUUGACGAGCUCAUGUAUUGCGCAUCUACUCAAUUGCUUGCUCGGCACAGAUUUGAACGCAGCUCCAAAACCAGAUGUGGAUGAGGCCAUAGCUGCGCUCUAUCCAGAGGCAGAUUUGAAGUUCAAGGAGGUUACCCCAGAGAGUCUUAAACAAGAGAUUGAAGGUCAAGUUCUCCGUCGCUUCCGCUACACCCUAGACUCUACAUGGACUGCAGGUAUCAAACAUUUGCAACUUCUUCGAGAAGUUUCCUUGAAGCUUGGUAUUCAAUUGGAGAUGAAGUCUUACCAUUUCACAAAGCAAUCGCAGACUGAAGCUGUUGCAGCUCCACCGGCAACUAAUGGCGAGGCCACAAAGGACGCGACCCCCACCGGAAAGAGCACCAACGGCAAGAAGAAGAAGAAGAAUGCCCGUGAAGCCUCUCCUACUUCUGUUGUAUCUGCAAAUGCCGCAUCGCCUGUCACCUUCAACCGAGAUGAUAUCCUUAACACCGUCCCAGUCAUCAAAGAGGCGUCUCCAAGAAGCUCCCUUGCAGAAGAAGCUUUAGAGGCUGGACGUAUUUCUCUUCUACAAGACCAAAAGAAGCUAGGUCAAGAAUUACUCUUGGAAUCUUUGUCAUUACACGAGCAGAUUUAUGGCAUUCUUCACCCUGAAGUGGCGAGAGUAUACAACUCUUUGUCGAUGCUCUAUUAUCAACUCGACGAGAAGGAGGCUGCUAUGGAACUCGCCCGCAAGGCUGUUAUAGUUUCCGAGAGAACGUUAGGUGUUGACAAUGCUGAGACACUUUUGAAUUAUCUCAACCUUGGACUCAUUGCACACGCGAGUGGAGAGACCAAGUUGGCUUUGACAUACAUCAAGCACGCUUUGGAUUUGUGGAAGGUUGUCUAUGGUCCAAACCAUCCUGACUCUAUCACAACAAUCAACAAUGCUGCAGUGAUGCUGCAACACUUGAAGGAGUAUCACGAUUCUCGCACAUGGUUUGAAGCAUCCCUCAAAAUUUGUGAGGAGGUUUACGGAAAGCAUUCUAUUAAUGCUGCAACCUUGCUCUUCCAAUUGGCUCAAGCUUUGGCAUUGGAUCAAGACUCCAAAUCCGCUGUCAACCGUAUGCGCGAGUCUUACAACAUCUUCCUUACUGAGUUAGGUGCAGAGGACAAGAACACCAAGGAAGCAGAGAAAUGGCUUGAACAGCUUACUCAAAAUGCUGUAUCAAUUGCCAAACACGCAAAGGAUGUUCAAGCCCGCAGAAACAGAGGAAUCCGAGUCUCUCCUCGUGUCACUCUUGGACAGACUCAAGUCCAACCCCAAAUCGGCCAAACUGUUGAGGCUGCUGCUGGUCGAGACGCUCCUAGGGGACUCGAUUCGCGAAGCAUUGAUGAGCUUCUCAAAUUCAUUGAGGGAAGCGAUCAAAGCAACCAAAACAAGAAACGACCUGGUCGAAGUAACCCAAAGCGACGAGGGGGUGCUGCGGCCGCCGCUGGUAAAUAA